AUGUUUAGUUUUCAAAUAAGAACUCGUCCAAAUGUGGCAACUUCUCCUUCAAAACCAGCAGCUUCUCCCUCUCCAUUAACAGGUUCUCCCAAAGGCUCUCCUGUAGUUGGAGAGAUCGAUACAAGGGCACCUUUCCAAUCUGUCAAAGCUGCUGUUAAUUUAUUUGGAGAAACAUCACCAAAAUCAGGAAAACCCGCUCUCAGAAGAUCCAGAAGUAAAAAUGAUGAGAAAGUGUUGGAGAAGGAGACAGAGCUACAUUGGACAUUAAAGGAGCUUGAUAAGUAUAAAGAACUUGUAAAAAGUUCAGAAAGUAUAAAAGCUCAAGCACGUCGUGAUCUAGAAAAGGCAAGGACCACGUUGCAUGAGCUAACUAGCAAGUUAGAGAUAAUAGGUGAAGAUAAACAUGCAGCCCUUGAGAUCACUGAAGCUGCAAAGUAUAAAGCUCAACAACUGGAAUUGUUAAAAUCCAGCAGCACAGAAUUAAGUAACGAUGGUUGGGAAGAAGAUCUUGACAUGGAGAGACAACAGUAUAGAGCCUCUGCUAACGAGCUAAUCUCAACCAAACAAGAACUUACUAACCUUAAACAAGAUUUUGAUGCAGCUUUAGAAGCAAAGUUAGCUGCUUUUCAACAGGCUGCAGAUGCCCAACAUGCUGCAAAAGUUAACAAUGAGAAAAUGGUUGGUUUAACUAAAGAAGUUGACCAAAUGCGUGAAACCCUUCAUCGGGUGAAACUUGCUUCUCAGAAAGCUCAUGAAGAGCAUCUCAAUCUUAUAGAAGAGAAAGAUUAUCGUGUAGAGUCAACCAAGAAAGCCAAGGAGGAACUUGACAUGAAAAUCGAGUCUUUGAGAAAAGAACAUCAACUUUCAGAACUUAGGAUUUUAGGACAAAAGCUAGAAGAAACAACCGAAGCGAUUAACGUUUUAGAGGAACAAUUACGAGAGGUGCGUGUAGCAGAUAAGGAGACUUUAGAAAAUGCAAAGUUAGAGGUUGUAGAAGCCAAAAAGAGACUUGAAGAGACAAAAGAAGAACAGGUUUCAGUUGCAGCUGUGGUGAAGACAUUAGAACAGGAGCUUGAGAAAGUGAGGCGGGAUAUUAAUUUGUUGAGGGGAGACGAUUUGAAAAGGGAAGAACAGCAAGCUGAAUUAGACAGAAUUAAAAACGAAAUUGAAGAGGCUUCAUUUGAAAUAACAAAAGCAACAGAUGGUAUCAAGGAACUAGAACUAAAGAUUAAAGAAAUGGUAUUAGAAGCCGAAAGAGCAAAAAAAGAAGAAGAGAGCGCUAAAGAACAAACAGAAGCACUCAACAAACAAGCUGAAAACAACAAGGGUUCCAACAAAGCAGCCGAAGAGAGUCUGGAAGUUGCUCUUAGAGAGCUUGAAAAAGCAAAAGCAGCACAAGAGCUUGCGAAUGAACAAAUACAAAAAAAGACUUCAGAGAAGGAUCAAGCUGGGAAUGAUAACAACAACAUGAUCAAGAUCUCAACCGAAGAGUAUGAAGCAUUGAAAAGGAAAACAGAUGAAGCAGAAAAAGCAGCUGAUGAAAAAAUAGCAACUGCAAUGGCUCAAGUGGAGACAAUCAAGAAAAGAGAGAAAGAAACACUUGAGAAGCUGGAAAAGAUCACAGAAGAGGCUAAUGGUAUAGACGAGUCCCUAGCUGAUGCUUUAAAAAUGGCUGAAAUGGCUGAAGCAGCAAAAGAAGCUAUCGAAAGUGAACUCAAAAAAUUUAAAUAUAAGGAUCAGAAAGAUGGUAAUUAA